UUUCCUUGGAGAGAGCGCUGCUGAAGAAGUGCUAGACGAGUAGAAGAUGAGUGUCCAGAGUGUGUGUCCGUACGGACUGAGGAGCUUGGUGGAGUGUAUUUCCAGAGCGACGCUUCUGUCAAAGCCAGCUGACAUCCCAAACUUCCUGGUUGAGUAUCUGUUAGAGGUGAUCGACUUCAGGGGCUCCAACGCUGACUAUGAAGCUGGUGACAAGGAGGUCUCCUUCCAGUACCAAGACCUGUGGGAGGAAAAGUUCUUGAGAAAUAUGACUGGGACCGCAGUAAGAGAGCAGUUUCCAGUCGCCACCACAGAGACGUCUACGCCACCAGCAAAAUGUCCAUCUCCGACAGAGAUAGAGGAGUUUUUAAAGGCACUCUGCUACCCCUAUUAA